AGCCUCCUCAGCGCCCACACCAAUCAUCGCCGGCCUCGAUUCUCUCCGGUCACUGCCUGGUCAGGGUUCUUGUUUCCUUGCGUAGAUCGAUCACGAUCAGGACGUGAGUUCCGAGCGAUGGCGAAGCCGAGCGUGGGCGUCUCGGAAGUGGGGGUCUCGGCGGCGGCGGCGCAGGCGGCGUGCCCCUGCCCCGGGACGCUGUUCCCGUACCCGCCGCCGCGCGGCGCCGGGAUCGCCGCCUCCGUGCGGCGCAAGUGCCUGCAGGUGGAGCUCGGCGGCGGGGCGGCGGGGCUGCUGGGCGGCGCCUGGGGCGUCGAGUCGAUGCGCGCGUCGUCGCCCACGCACGCCAAGGCCGUGGCGGCCCUCGCCGGCGGCGUGGACGACGAGCGCGCGGCGUGGAUGGUGCGGCACCCGUCGGCGCUGGGCAAGUUCGAGCAGAUCGUGGCGGCGUCCGAGGGCAAGCGCAUCGUGAUGUUCCUGGACUACGACGGCACCCUGUCGCCCAUCGUGGACGACCCCGACGCCGCCUUCAUGAGCGAGACGAUGAGGAUGGCCGUGCGCAGCGUCGCCAAGCACUUCCCGACGGCGAUCGUGAGCGGCCGGUGCCGCGACAAGGUGUUCGAGUUCGUGAAGCUGGCGGAGCUCUACUACGCGGGGAGCCACGGCAUGGACAUCAAGGGCCCGGCCAAGGCCUCUUCCCGGCACGCAAAGGCCAAGCAGGCGAAGGGCGGAGGAGUCCUGUUCCAACCGGCGAGCGAGUUCCUGCCGAUGAUCCAGGAGGUGCACGAGCGCCUGGCCGAGACGACGCGCUGCAUCCCGGGGGCCAAGGUGGAGAACAACAAGUUCUGCGUCUCCGUCCACUUCAGAUGCGUCGACGAAAAGGUUGGUUCGUGCAUUGGUUCUUCUUCCUCCGUUGCCCGCAAAUGGCCGUCGCUUUCCACCUUUCCGUUCCGUCGACGUCGAGCCCCCACCCCCACCUACGCACUGCCAUUAUCUCCGGCGAUCGAACGGCAACUCCAAAUCAUAUCCACUACUCCGUAUAUGCAGAUGUGGGGCGAGCUGUCGGAGGCGGUGAAGGGCGUGCUGCGGGGGUACCCGAGGCUGCGGCUGACGCAGGGGCGGAUGGUGCUGGAGGUGCGGCCCACCAUCAAGUGGGACAAGGGCCGGGCGCUCGAGUUUCUGCUCGAGUCGCUGGGCUUCGCCGACUGCGCCAACGUCCUGCCCGUCUACAUCGGCGACGACCGCACCGACGAGGACGCCUUCAAGGCCCUGCGGCGGCGGGGGCAGGGCGUGGGCAUCCUCGUCUCCAAGCACCCCAAGGAGACGACCGCCAACUACUCGCUCCGGGAGCCCGCCGAGGUCAUGGAGUUCCUGCUGCGCCUCGUCGAGUGGAAGCGACUCUCCAGGACCAGCCUCAGGCUCAGGCUGCAAUGACGACGACUCUUCUUGCACUAUACCCUGCAGGACGUACAAUGCGGCGCGGAUCGAUGCAACUCAAAGCUGAUUAAUUGCGUGAUUGGAAUUGGAUCUAACACUGAUUGUUGCACUUGUACCAUCUCGAUCUCGUGGAGUGCGAGAGCUCUGUUUUCCUCUCCAUUCUUCUUUUUUCCCCAGGGCCGGAACGGGUGUAUGUACAUUCUGUAGUUGAUGAUAUUAUACCUACAAGAGGAAUUAUACGUGUCCCGUUACCAUUCCA